UGUGAGCUGUGAAAUCAAACCAAAAUGCGCUCGUUCUUGAUCAAAACCCCUUGCUCCUCGGCCAACAUUGGCCCCGGGUUCGAUGUCAUCGGCCUGGCACUAUCCCUCCACAUGGAACUCAAGGUCACCGUGGAUGACUCCAAAACCUCGUCCGAGCUCCCCUUGAACUGCCAAAUCACCUACGAGGACCUGAGCAAGAGCACUGAGCAGAUCAGCCUGGACCCCGAGGUCAACCUGAUCACUCGAGUGGCUCUGUACGUCCUGCGUUGCCACAAUCAGCGCGCCUUUCCCGUGGAGACCAAGGUACACAUCUCCAACCCCAUCCCACUGGGUCGGGGUCUGGGAUCGUCGGGUACUGCAGUCGUGGCCGGUGUGAUGCUGGGUAACGAGGUGGGCAACCUAGGUUUGAGCAAGGAGCGACUGCUGGAUUACUGUUUGAUGAUUGAACGGCACCCGGAUAACGUGGCUGCGUCACUAUUCGGAGGCUUUGUGGGAACUUAUCUGAAUGAACUCAAGCCCGAAGACGUCGCCCGGAAAGAAAUCCCGUUGAGUGAGGUCCUGCCGGCGCCUGCUGGUGGCAUUGAUACGGGUAACAAGCCCCCAGAGCCCCCGCUGGGCAUUGGUCACUACCGAAAGUUUGACUGGGCCCCUGAGAUCAAGGCUAUUGCCAUCAUCCCAGACUUUGUCGUGCCCACCGCCAAUGCUCGCAACGUCCUUCCUCAAACCUACAGCCGUGCCGAUGUGGUGUUCAAUCUGCAGCGUGCAGCUCUGUUGCCCGCUGCCCUGGGUACCUCCCCACCGGACCCUGAUAUGAUCUUCCUUGCCAUGCAGGACAGAGUUCACCAACCAUACCGCAAGACCCUCAUUCCAGGCUUGACUGAAAUCCUACAAUUCAUGACCCCCGUGACGCAACCCGGUCUUUUGGGUAUCUGUCUGUCCGGUGCCGGACCAACCAUCCUGGCUCUGGCGACGGAAAAUUUCGACCAGAUUGCGGACCGCAUCAUCGCACAGUUCGCCUCCAACAAUAUUACCUGCCAAUGGAAGUUGCUGGAGCCCGCACAGGCGGGUACCACCGUGACCGAGAUUUAAAUCUAACUUUAUGAGAACAAAAUCCUACCGCGUCAUCGGCGAUCUUCGUUCCCUAAUCCUGCCGUCUUUCCCUGACGCGCAUGCACGGAGAUGGAAGAGCUCCAAUCGGUAGCUAUUGCGAGACAGUUUGUCAGAAUCAAUGACGCUCUCGUAAUUGGCGCACCGAAAUCAUGUUUUCUCUGCCAAGCAUCGAACAUGUGUUGCCGCAAGAUCCUCCGUUUCACCGCUGGUUUGCGGUCUGCGCUGCAGCAUGCAGCCGAUCUGAGACACGGGAAAUUGCCACAAUAGUAUCUGCUGUACGGUGAGAAACUUGGUCUCGAGUUACCAUAGUGAGUGCUCUACAUGAUCUAUGUAUGAGUGGGCCGUAUGGCCCCAAGCUAUAGAGAUAGAGGUAGAUGUAGAUGAAUUACGAAAUAUUCCCGUA